CUGUCAAAUCCUUCCUGUCAACAUGCGCUCCUUCGCUGUCAUUGCUACCUUCCUCCUGGUCGCUCAGGCGCAAGCCUUCGACGCCAAAGAGACCAUCCAAUGCAUUCAGAACCACAUGCAGACUGCUCUGAACAACUCUUUCGACGAUAUCGGGGACAGAUUCGACAACAUCGACGGACACAGGCAGGAGCUCACAAAGUCGCUCCGGAACGAGCUGGAGGAAAUCCGCGAUACCUUCCAGGAGAAUUUGGAGAAACGAAUGCAGGAAAUCGAUACCAAUUGCGAUGAGGAGGAGGGCAUGAUCAACAAAGCCAAGUGCGCCUCCGCUUCAGAGUCCAGAUCAUCCUCGCUGCCAGCUCGGAAGCUACAGCCGCUCUCAAAUCCGCAUCCAAGGCCAUCUACGGCCACACCAAGGACUUCGGUGGUAAGGGCAUGGACUCCAUGAAGAAUCUCGGACAGAUGAUCAUGGAUGGACUCCCCAAGCUCAUGCAAGCAGCCAGAGAAUGCUUUUGAAGACCGAAGCGUCCAUAUUCCCCCGAGGUCAUCGAUAAUUUCACAACUGCAUGAGAAUAAAUGAUGGUCUUCGAAAUCCGUCGCU